CAAAAUCAACAGAGACUAAGAUCGAAGCUUUUGAGAAAUUUUAAAAGGGGUUCGGUUUAAAUGGAUAGGAUAAGUCUGUUGUCGGAUGACUUGCUCUUGAAGAUACUUUCUAUGGUUCAAACGAAAGAUACCGUGACCACAAGUCUUUUGUCAAAACGUUGGUGUUCACUUUGGAAACAUGUCCCCAAGGUAACUUAUAUGGAUUUAAAUUAUCCAAACACUGAGUUCUGGAGACCUUCACGUUUUGUUGACAAGUUUUUGCUACUAAACAAGGCUCCUGUCUUAGAAGGUAUGACACUCACACUUGGUCGAACUUGCCGUCCUACAGAUAUUCAAACAUGGAUAAGUUUUGCAAUUUCUCGUGGUGUGCGCAAUCUUUAUAUUUACCGAUAUAGACCUGGUUCAGGGCUCAUUCGGUUACCUAGGAGUCUAUACACAUGUGAAACCCUUGUGAAAUUAUUCCUAGAAGGAGACUUCAUUAUGGAUUAUGCUCCUUUGACAAAUAGUUUCCGUUCACUCAAGGUUUCUACCCUUUUUCUUGUGAAUUUCUCAAGCAAUGAAAUCGUUGAUAGAUUCUUUUCUGGUUGCCUUGUCCUUGAAGACCUGAUAGUGGUUCGAGGCAACAACGACAACGUGAAGAUUUUCACAAUCUCAGUUCCUUCACUGCAGAGAUUAACGGUCAUAGACGGUUCCUCUCAAGUUCCCGGAGAUGAUGUUGGGUUUGUUAUCAAGGCUCCUUCUUUAAAGUCGUUAACGAUUGCUAACAAGUUUAGUUGCUGCUAUUCAUUAGUGAGUAUGCCCUACCUCGUGAAGGCCUAUAUCAAGCUUCAACAUGGUGAUUCUAAGAAUUUUAAGGGAUUGCUUAACUCAGCUAAACACGUUUCCUUAUGUUUGCAACCACCAAUGGAUUCAUGUCCUAUAGGCAUCUUCAAUCAGCUAGUGUCUCUAAAUCUUUGUACGUGCUCUUUAGAUUGGUGUCGUCUUAUACUCAGACAUGCACCUAAACUCCGAGUUCUCAGAUUCGAGCUAAAAGAAGUUAGGUUGUUUCCAAAACAAAAUCCUCCACUCCAGAGAUGUUGCAUCAGUUCUGUAGAUGUCCAAGCUCAGUUGGAGCAGCUGAGUUCUGUUCCUCAAUGUUUGAUUUCGAGUCUUGAAACUGUUGAGUGGAUUGGUUACAAAGGAACACAAGCAGAGAAAAAAGUGGUGAUGUAUUUACUAGAGAACUCACCACAGCUAAAGACAAUGGCUAUUAGAUCCUUGAAAUCGACCAAAGAUAGUGAGAAACUCAAGAUGCUGCAAGAGCUGUCGUCUACGCAGAGGAGCUCAACCAAAUGUCGGCUUUCGUUCACCUGAAGUUCCCCGGCGAAUCUCAGUUAUAUAUUGAAACAGUCGUUUACAUUCUUGGAGCAUCAUUAGUAGUUAUGUUGUUUUGAUAACUUUACAAGUUUUGACAAACUUUGAAGGGAAGGGCUACUUACA